CCAAGCUCAGUCUGAUCGCAGAAAUCGACGCGAACGGGUGGUGUAGCGAACCCAAGUAAGGCUCCAAACCGCGGUAGCAGGAGGAUAGUAUUUCAGCAGUAAACUCGACAGUAUUCCAAAGUUUUUGAUUGACAAGUGAGAUCUAUAAGGCCGUACUUGGCGGUUCGAGCAGAUUUGCCGGAGAACACUCAGCACACCUCACACACAGAGAAUGGCGCCUCGUAACAAGCAACAGGAACAGGAAGUUCUAGAGUGGAUCAGCGCCGUGUUGGGUGAGAAACUGCCACCCGGUGCCUACGAAGAUGUCCUCAAGGAUGGCGUCGUCCUGUGCAAACUGGCCAACAAACUGACCCCGGGCUCGGUGAAAAAGAUCCAGGAACGGGGCACCAACUUCCAGCUGAUGGAGAACGUUCAACGAUUCCAAGCCGCCAUCAAAAAGUACGGCGUCCCUGAGGAGGAAAUCUUCCAAACGGCCGAUCUGUUCGAGCGACGCAACAUCCCCCAGGUGACGCUGUGUCUGUACUCUUUGGGACGAAUUACCCAAAAACACCCAGAGUACAACGGGCCGACUCUCGGACCGAAGAUGGCCGAAAAGAACGAGCGUUCCUUCACCGAGGAACAGCUGCGAGCCAACGAGGGCCAGCUGAAUCUGCAGAUGGGAUACAACAAGGGCGCAUCCCAGUCCGGACACGGUGGAUUCGGCAACACGCGUCACAUGUAGAAACCGCAGAGUAUCAACUUGUCACAAAACUCAUUCACUCAUCACACGCGGGGCGCUUCAACCAGGCUGUGUCCGACCGUGCUUGUUUCAGUCAGCGACUCAUUCAUACAAUAUCUCUAACCUAAGAUGUACUUUUAAUUUUGUUAUAACUAUUUUCGUACGUACGGAGCCUGGCCGCCACGGCAAACGUUUCAAAGUGUUUUGGAACAACAUGCGGUAUGUGUGCUAAUUUAAUCGUUCCGCUCCGCGGUUGCUGCUGCUGCUACUUGUCUCGAGGGCAUGCUCUCUCCAUACUUUUAGGAUUAUAUUUAUUUUCCAAAAAGAUAGAAAACCGUCUUAAUUUCUCCAACCGAGCGGAGGUAGGAAAAACACAGAUCCGACAGAGAUGAACAGCGGCAAUUUUGCAGUCACUGCUAUUUAUAGUGGGCCCAACGCUCGAGAACAUGCCAAGCGGCGGUCGGAAAUCGCCUCAAUCUCUAAAUGGGACGGUUGUUGCCAUUUUGAUGGACACCCACGCAGUAACAGUGCCCGAGAUCGGUUCAACAAGUCGGGGUGAAAAAAAUUCUGAAGAAAGUAAAAAUAUGCAUGCGACACACAUAAAUAGGCGUUUAAUGUCUUGGCUCGUGUCGGUCAUCGCUUCACUGCAACUCGAGCAAAUAAAGAAAAACUCUGGUCAGUUAGAAAAUACGUCAAGAGGAGCAGCAGCAGCAGCAGAAGCGGUAACAACAACAGUGGUGACAUAAUUGCCAUUGCGUCAAGGCUACUCCUAUUCUCUACUAGUUAGCUCAUUAUUAUUUAUUCGCACUCUUGCUAUUGGGGAAGCAAUAAAAUAAGACCUGAAUUAUGUAA